AUGUCUACUGUGAAUCUGCUUGCACGGCCGCCAAGCUAUGAUUCGCCUCCUCAGAUCCACCGAACACCGUCUUACGCCCGAGAGCCUCGGGCGGAGGAGCGCAGACUUGCGCAGGGUUACAUCAAUCAACGCACUGAGCGUGCUGCAGAAUUUGUGAAACAGAAUAAGACUGCCAGUAUCGUGCUCAGACUUGGUGAUCAAGUGGAGGGAGUCGAGAUACCAAGCUAUGGCAUGCGUGCUCCCAUUGAUGGUGUGGUCGAGCUAAGCAAGCCGGAUGGACUGGCGUAUGUCUCUGUGAAGGUUGAAGGGACGAUGAAGCUGCAUGAGUUCGGGGAGGGAGGGAUGGUCACCGCAACGCUCUGCAGUGAAACCGUCACUCUCUGGCGAAAGGGGAUCGACCCUGGGCCAUGUCCAGACAGGCUCGACUUCUCGAUCUCGCUUCCCACUCAGUACUCAGAUGAGAAGGACACUUAUCCUCUCCCACCAACCUUCGAGGCACACCUUUCAGGCCUGCCGGGGUUUCACGCAGAUGUGGAGUACCACGUAACAGCCAUAGCCAGCAAGACGAAGUUGCCGCUCGGCAAGCUGAAUAGUCUCGGGCAAUCAGCCGUCAGCACGCCGUUCAUCUACUCGCCCCGCACAUGUCCCUCGUCCCCCUUGCCGGCGCCUCUGAGAGGCAGUGGAGAUCUCCAAGCUCUGCCAGAGAGCUCGGAAUGGAAGACGUACGAUGCCACAGUGACUGCACGCACUGAGGGCGCGCGAUCCGUCAGCGUUCGUUUCCUUGUACCAAAGAGCCAUGUUUUCUGCAAGACGGAGCCCAUACCCUUCCACGUCUCCUUCGUGAGCUCGGCCGUGACGCUUGCCUCGAUGCUACCCUACCUCACCACUGAGGACAAUCCGUCUGGGAAAUCAAGCACGCGCAUUCAGCUGCUCCGCCAGGUCUGCGUCAACGUGAAGGAUGAGUACCUGCACAGUAGUACCAACACCGAACUGUGGAAAGUCCAAAAGCUUGGAGAAGGAACGCUGCGACGUGGAGUCGAUGGCCCUCGAAUGUUGUCAUUCUCCGGAGAGAUCAACAUCGACCAGAGCGUGAAGUCUGGCGCGUUCAAGGCCGGUGGUCUUUGGGUCAAGGAUUUCAUUGUCUUCCAGCUCAAUCCCUCCAACGCACUGAAGGGUCCCAUCGGCGAUGCACGUAUCAUCGUACCGGUGCGACUUGUCACAGACCCGUACUCUGCUAAUACGGGCACUUACAUCGACACACCACCUUCGCGCGUCAGUCCACCGGAGUCUGUGGGACACGAGGACCUGCCCACUCUAGACUUCAAUGCACCGUUAAGCUCAAGCAAUAGCUCUGAUUCACCGGCAUAA